GCCGGGCUGAGCUCGCUCCAGCCGCCGCUCGGGAGCAGAGCCGCGGGCGGCGGGACCCGCGACCCAGCGCGGCGACGGCGAGCGCGACGCGGGCCCCGCACGAUCCCCGGCGCCCCGCCUCCGGAGCAGCCCCCGCCGCCGGCCGCCGCCAAGCCCUGAGACCCGCGGCGCCGCGCGGACCCGGGCCGCGGAGAGCGGGGUGGGGGGGUCCCUGCACCCGAGCGGAGGCGCGGGCGGCGCCGGGGGAGCGCCGGGGGCCGCGGCUCCAGCGCGGGGCCUCGGGGGGCGCAGACCUGCGGAGCCUGCGGCCGGCGCGAAGCUGCGGAACAGGACGGAGGACAGGGCCUGUGGUGCUGACCUCUCCCACGCUGACCCUGCGGCUGACAGGAAGCAAGCGUGGCUACAGACACCAGUCUCACGAAGCGGCAGCCCUGCCUUGGAGCAGGGGCGUGGCCAGAGCGAUGGUGGGGGCCCUGAAGAUGCUUCAUGGCUGCUAAGGGGGCUGCCCCGCUAGGGAGCAGAGUGGCGGGCAUGGUGUGCAGCCUGUGGGCCCUGGUGCUGGUGUCCUCAGUCCUGGCUCUGGAAGAGGUAUUGCUGGACACCACUGGAGAGACAUCUGAGAUUGGCUGGCUCACCUACCCACCAGGUGGGUGGGACGAAGUGAGUGUUCUGGACGACCAGCGACGCCUGACUCGGACCUUCGAGGCAUGCCACGUGGCCGGGGCCCCUCCCGGCCCUGGGCAGGACAACUGGCUGCAGACACACUUUGUAGAGCGGCGAGGGGCCCAGAGGGCGCACAUCCGGCUGCACUUCUCGGUGCGGGCCUGCUCCAGCCUGGGCGUGGCGGGGGGCACCUGCCGCGAGACCUUCACGCUUUACUACCGCCAGGCGGAGGAGCCCGACAGCCCCGACAGCAUCCCCUCCUGGCACCUCAAACGCUGGACCAAGGUGGACACCAUCGCGGCGGAUGAGAGUUUCCCGGCCUCCUCGGCCUGGGCGGUGGGCCCGCGCGGGGCGGGGCAACGGGCGGGGCUGCAGCUGAACGUCAAGGAGCGGAGCUUCGGGCCCUUGACCCAGCGCGGCUUCUACGUGGCCUUCCAGGACACCGGGGCCUGCCUGGCCCUCGUGGCGGUCAAGCUCUUUUCCUACGCCUGUCCCUCCGUGCUGCGCGCCUUCGCCUCCUUUCCUGAGACGCAGGCCAGUGGGGCCGGGGGGGCCUCCCUGGUGGCGGCCGUGGGCACCUGUGUGGCGCACGCAGAGCCCGAGGAGGAUGGAGGAGGGAGCCAGGCAGGGGACAGCGCGCCCAGGCUGCACUGCAAUGGGGAGGGCAAGUGGAUGGUGGCCGUCGGGGGCUGCCGCUGCCAGCCCGGGCACCAGCCUGCGCGUGGAGACAAGGCCUGCCAAGCCUGCCCCAGAGGGUCCUACAAGGCCUUGGCUAGGAAUGCCCCCUGCUCACCGUGCCCUGCCCGCAGCCACGCCCCUGACGCUGCAGCCCCUGUUUGCCCCUGUCUGGAGGGCUUCUACCGGGCCAGUUCUGACCCCCCAGAGGCCCCCUGCACUGGCCCCCCGUCGGCCCCGCAGGAGCUGUGGUUCGAGGUGCAGGGCGCUGCACUCAUGCUGCACUGGCGCCUGCCUCAGGAGCUGGGGGGACGAGGGGACCUGCUCUUCAACGUCGUGUGCAAGGAGUGUGGAGUGGGAGGCAAGGGCCCUUGCCGCCGCUGCAGGGAUGAGGUGCACUUUGACCCCCGCCAGAGGGGCCUGACGGAGAGCCGCGUGCUCGUCGGGGGGCUCAGGGCACACAUACCCUACAUCCUGGAGGUGCAGGCUGUCAAUGGGGUGUCGGAGCUCAGCCCCGACCCUCCCCAGGCUGCAGCCAUCAAUGUCAGCACCAGCCACGCAGUUCCCUCCGCAGUCCCGGCUGUGCACCAGGUGAGUCGGGCCUCCAACAGCAUCACCGUGUCCUGGCCGCAGCCUGACCAGACCAACGGGAACAUCCUGGACUAUCAGCUCCGCUACUAUGACCAGGCAGAAGAUGAGUCCCACUCCUUCACCCUGACCAGCGAGACCAACACGGCCACCGUGACCCAGCUGAGCCCCGGCCACAUCUAUGGCUUCCAGGUGCGGGCGCGGACGGCCGCGGGCCACGGCCCCUACGGGGGCAAGGUCUACUUCCAGACGCUGCCUCAAGGUGAGCUGUCCGCCCAGCUUCCUGAGAGACUCUCCUUGGCGGUUGGGUCCGUCCUCGGGGCCCUGGCCUUCCUUCUGCUGGCGGCCAUCGCUGUGCUGGCCCUUGUCUUCCAGAGGAAGCGGCGUGGAACUGGCUACAUGGAGCAGCUGCAGCAGUACAGCAGCCCAGGGCUUGGGGUGAAGGACUACGUCGACCCCUCCACCUAUGAGGACCCCUGCCAGGCCAUCCGAGAAUUCGCCCGGGAGGUCGAUCCCACGUAUAUCAAGAUAGAGGAGGUCAUUGGAGCAGGCUCCUUCGGGGAGGUGCGCCGGGGCCGCCUGCAGCCCCGGGGACGGCGGGAGCAGGCCGUGGCCAUCCAGGCCCUGUGGACUGGAGGCGCCGAGAGUCUGCAGAUGGCCUUUCUAGGCCAGGCCGCGGUGCUGGGCCAGUUUCAGCACCCCAACAUCCUGAGGCUGGAGGGCGUGGUCACCAAGAGCCGGCCCCUCAUGGUGCUGACGGAGCUGAUGGAGCUGGGCCCCCUGGACAGCUUCCUGAGGCAGCGGGAGGGCCAGUUCAGCAGCUUGCAGCUGGUGGCCAUGCAGCGGGGCGUGGCGGCCGCCAUGCAGUACCUGUCGAGCUUCGCCUUCGUCCACCGUGCGCUGUCUGCCCACAGUGUGCUGGUGAACAGCCACCUCGUGUGCAAAGUGGCUCGUCUUGGCCACAGUGCUCAGGGCCCAAGUUGUUUGCUUCGCUGGGCAGCCCCAGAGGUCAUCGCACAUGGGAAACAUACAACAUCCAGUGACGUCUGGAGCUUUGGAAUAGUGAUGUGGGAAGUGAUGAGUUAUGGAGAGCGGCCCUAUUGGGACAUGAGUGACCAGGAGGUGCUAAAUGCAAUAGAGCAGGAGUUCCGGCUACCCCCACCUCCAGGCUGUCCGCCUGGACUACACCUGCUUAUGCUGGACACAUGGCAGAAGGAUCGUACCCAGAGACCUCACUUUGACCAGCUGGUGGCUGCAUUUGACAAGAUGAUCCGCAAGCCAGACACUCUGCAGUCUGGCGGGAGCCCCGGGGACAGACCUUCCCAGGCCCUUCUGAACCCCGUGGCCCUGGACUUUCCCUCUCUGGACUCCCCCCAGGCCUGGCUCUCGGCCAUCGGCCUGGAGUGCUAUCAGGACAACUUCUCCCAGUCCGGCCUCCACACCUUCAGUGACGUGGCUCAGCUCAGCCUGGAAGACCUGCCCACCCUGGGUAUCACCCUGGCCGGCCACCAGAAGAAGCUGCUGCACCACAUCCAGCUCCUGAAGCAGCACCUGAGGCCACUGGGCUCCGUGGAGGUCUGAGUCCUGGGCAGGAAGCUGUGAACUGAUGAUGCCUGUGACCCAGUCCUGGACCCAGGUCCAAGCAGGGAUGCGAGAGACGUGAGCCCGUCUCCGCCUUGGCCUCCGUGAGAGGCGCCCGCAGGCCACACUAAACCCAACCCAUGGGCCGCCUCACUCCCUGGUCCUCCACCCCUCCACUGCCCUCCCCCUAUUAAAGGGAAAGAAGAGAUUUUGCAAGUUGGAGGUGUGGUGAAGCCUUGGUCUGCAAGGAAGGGGUGGGAAAGCCUUGGAGCAGAGGGGCAGGGCCGGGAAGCCCACUCUGCAGAGAAGGAUGUGCAAGGAGAGCAGGAA